CAAUUUUGCCGAAAUCAACGUUCAAAUAAAUUUAAUUACUUGGAUUGAAAUGAAGAUUCAGUUUGUAGCUGCAUUACUUUGCUUGAUUAUGUUUUUACAUUCAGAAGGAAAAUACCUUGGCAGGGCUCACUACAAAGGCAGGGCCAAGGGUCACUACAAAUCGAGGAACAAGGGCCGCUAUGAACUUGGUGGUAAAAAACACAACCAUGACAAAUACAAAAGCAAAGGUAACUCGCCUAAUCCGUGUGAAGCUCCCUGCAAAUCUCUUCCAACGACAUGUCCAGAGGGAUACACAAAACUGUGUGAUCAAACUAUAAGCCCAAAUUGUUACCUUUUCGGAGGGAAUAGUAUGCUGGAGUUUACAAGCUGGCAUGUUGCUCUUGCGAGAUGCCUUAAUACUCCUGGUGCCUACCUGUGGAUUCCAGAAACAUUGGAAGAGGCCGAAGCAGUUAGAGUCAAAUUCAACAUAAUUGAAGCUGACUUUGACGUAUAUACCGGUGCAAACAAUCUAGCUGAUAAUAAUACAUACGUUUUUGCAGUAACAAACGACCCAUUUGAUUGGGACAACCUUGCAUUUGGAAUACAAGAUGGAAAUUUGGGCCUGGAAGCCACAAGUGGCUGCUUGGAAUUGGAAUUUAACUUUUAUGAUAACGGGACGGCCUAUUUUGGAUGGGAUUCUGAUAAGUGUGGUGAAGAAUUAGAGGCAUAUAUUUGCGAAUUUCCAAUUUAUAACCAGUGGGUCUUUGCUGUUGCUGGUGAACGUUUCGUCCCUGAGGUUACCACAGGAGUACUGACAUAA